AUUCCACAUUUUCUAGAAACCCGAGUCAUUAUUGACGUUUUCUCAUCAAUGUCCUUUAUUUUUGUCGAUUUAUACCACUAAUUGUUGUUAAUAUUUGUCAUCAUGAUAAACACUGGGAAAUUAGCUGGAAAGACCCUUUUCAUAUCUGGGGCCAGUCGCGGCAUUGGUAAAGCAAUUGCAUUGAAAGCGGCCCGAGAUGGAGCCAAUGUAGCCAUUGCAGCCAAGACUGCAGACCCUCAUCCUAAGUUACCAGGGACCAUUUACACGGCGGCUGAAGAAAUUGAGGCUGCUGGGGGCAAGUGCCUUCCUUGUCUGGUUGAUAUUCAAAAUGAGGCUCAAGUCGAGCAGGCAGUGCAGGAGACAAUCAAGAAGUUUGGUGGCAUCGAUAUCCUCGUCAAUAAUGCCAGUGCAAUCAGUCUGACUGGAACACUACAGACAUCCAUGAAGAAGUAUGACUUGAUGAACCAGGUCAAUGCACGAGGAACAUACUUAUGUUCACAGAAAUGUCUUCCACACUUACUAAAGGCUUCAAAUCCUCACAUUCUCAACAUUAGUCCUCCACUGAAUAUGGAUCCCAAGUGGUUCUCAGGACAUGUGGCUUACACAAUGGCAAAGUAUGGAAUGUCAAUGAGUGUGUUGGGGAUGGCCGGAGAGUUCAAGGAACAAGGUGUUGCUGUCAAUGCAUUGUGGCCCAGGACAGCUAUUUACACAGCGGCUAUGGAGAUGAUUGGAGGGGGUGAUGAAAUUGCCAAGCAGUGCCGUAAGGUUGACAUCAUGAGUGACGCUGCCUAUGCCAUUUUGUGUAAGGACAGCAGUUCCUUCACGGGACAGUUUGCCAUUGAUGAUGAGGUGUUAAAAGCAGCAGGUGUUACUGAUCUCGAACAGUAUUCAUGUGUACCAGGUGCCAAGCUUCUGCCUGAUUUCUUCCUGGAGGUGGACAGUGCCCAGCUCGCCCAGCAGAUCGAAGAAGGUGGUGGCAAACCGGCAUUCCAGGCAGGAGGAGUGGCAAAGACGUUGGCCACAAUGAAGAGUAUGUUGAGUGAAGAUUUAUGCAAGUCCAUCGGAGGAGUCAUCAUGUUUGACUUGAAAGGUGCCGAGGAGGGAAUCUGGUACAUGGACCUCAAGAACGGCUCGGGGAGUGUUGGCCAAGAGGCCCCUUCCACAGAUGCCGAUUGCACAAUGAUUCUUGACAGUGAGGACUUUAUUAAACUAUUCAAAGGAGAGAUUAAACCAUCAGCAGCAUUCAUGUCAGGGAAACUAAAGAUUAAGGGAAAUGUAGGUGUUGCAUUGAAAUUGGAAAAAUUGAUGGGGAAAAUGAGUUCUAAGCUUUAGUGGGGUCAGAUUAUUCCUCCGAGAAUGAAAUUCCUUAAAUCUUCAAAACAGUGUAUGUGGACACUUUUAUCAGGGCUGCUGAAUAUCAGGUUGGAGUGUACACUCUGUUACUAGUGUUAGUUGGAAAUAGGCCUUGGUCACUUGUACGUUCAUGUACUGUACUCAGGUAAUUCUUCACCACAUGUAAGGUAAGGUAGUACAAUAACUAGCCCCCUACAAUUAUAGUCUCAGUGUGCAUUGAUUUGUACUACCAGCUGCUUUCAACAAUGAAGGGGCUUUAUUUUUACUAGGGCUACAUAAACUGUGCCACUUUACCUUACUUGAUGGUUAUGAUUGAUAAGAGUCAAAUUUGAAAGGAAUAAUCAAUGUGUUUUUGAUAACAUUAUAAUGAUAAUUUAUUUGAUAGCAUCUUCCACAUAAAUUAUACUGAUUACAUGUAGGUCUAUGAGCUGAUUUCAUGGAAGCAAUAGCUUUAUCCGUUGAGAAAAGGCAGUUCUGUCCUAUUUGGUUAUGGCUGUAUCGAAUGUAUGGCUUUCACACAUACUGAUUUGUUCGAUUAUUCGUAAUGAAUUUGAUAAUAAAGUAUUAUAUAAACUGUCA